AUCAUCAGUUAUGACCGAGAAAAUGUGGAAAACAGCUGUGCUAAUUGCGUUGUGCUGGCUAUCGAUCGUGGCAGUCCAUGAGCUUGACGAGGACGAGCGUGCCUGCGUCCACGAAACGGGCGUCUCCGAGCACCUCGUGCGAGAAGCCAAGCGCGAGCACGCGGUUUUCGGCGACAACUCGAAGUACAAGGAGUUCUUGAGCUGCUGCUGGAAGAGGUACGGCUAUCAAGACGAGAACGGCGAGAUCAACUGGGAGAUGGUGAGAUCGGUCAUCGGCCGCUCGUACAAUCCGCGAGUGGCGAUUAAAAUAAUAAACAAAUGCAUGAAUGUGAAGGGCAUUACCGGUGGGGAUACGGCGGUGCUCGUGCUGGAAUGUUUAGAUGAUCACGCACCGAAUUUGCACACGGUACAUCACUUUUACUCCGGCCACAAGGACUAACUUUCCAGCCCAAGGUGAUUUUAUAAUUGAUGUCACUGAAAUUAUGCAUUAAAACAGUUUAUCUUAAUUAAA